CGACUUUGGACUUGCACCCCCUCUUGCAACCGCACACACACAAAAUCAAACAACAUGGCAGACCUCAACACACUACUCCGCUGGGCCGUUGAGAACACCCCGGCACCGGGCGAGGAGGCGCCCGCUCAGGACCUCGGCAACGGCAUGACGCUCAAGUUCAAGCCCGCCGUGCCGGGCCAGCAGGCGUCGGCGAACGCAGCGACGCUGCACACCAACGACCCGCAGUACCCGCACUCGGACCUGUCGCCCGCGUCGACGCCCGGCCCAGCGACGCCGGCGAACGGCGCCGCCCCCCUGCCUGGCAGCAGCAACAAGAUCUCGACCGAGAUGCUCGACCUCAUCAUGGGCAAGCCCGACUCGCUGACCAUGAAGGAGAAGAUGGCGACGGCGAGCGACACGAGCCUCGACGUCGAGACGCGUGUCGAGGCCCUCGACGACUUUGAGAUGCUCGUCGAGCUCAUCGACAACGCGAACAACAUGGCCGUCCUCAAGCUCUGGGAGCCGCUCAUUGCGCUCUACGACGACAAGCACCCCGAGGUCGUGCGCCACGCGCUUUGGAUCACGGGCACGGCAGUCCAGAACAACCUCAAGGCUCAGGCAGCUCUCUUCGUCCACGACGCCUUCCCCAAGAUCAUCGACAUCAUCUACCCCGCAACCCGCGAGCAGGCGACGCGCGCCAAGGCGCAGUACGCCAUGUCGAGCGCGCUCAAGCACUGGCCGCUGGCGAGCGCCGUGCUCUCGGCAGAGGGGGACAAGGGCUACGCUGUCCUGCGGCAGGGCGUGGCGGACGAGUCCGCCGUCCUGAAGCGCAAGUUUGCCUUCCUCCUCGGCACGCUUGUGAUGCAGGCGGACGAGACGUACGAGGGCGAGAUGCCCGCCGAGGUGCGCACACUGCUCGAGGAGCGCGCAGCGGCCGCGGGCGGCAAGGAGGAGAACCUCGUCAAGGCGCUCGCGCGGACCGGCGUGUUCGCGUCCGCGCUGGCCGCGCUCGCGAAGGGCUCCGACGACUUGGAGUACGAGGAGAACGCGGUGCGCGCGCUCGCCCGCGCCGCUGCGACUGGAGGCCUGACGGCCGAGGAGAAGGCGCAGCUUAAGGGUAUCUGGGAGAAGUGGGGAGCCGAGGGCCGCGAGGAGCGCGGAUUUGUCGGCGCGGACGGCGAGGAGAUUGCGAAGGACUUGGCGUAAGGCAUGGAGUACAUUGUAUGCAUAUAGACUGGCAUUGUG